AUGUCCUAUUUUAUGACCCACUUACAUUCAGGAUGGCACGUCGACCAAGCCAUCCUCGUAGAGGAAGAUCGAGUCGUCUGCAUUCGAUUCGGUCACGACCACGACCAAGAGUGUAUGGCACUUGACGAAACGCUAUACGGCGUAUCAGAGAAAGUACAGAAUUUCGCGGUCAUUUACCUAGUGGAUAUAACGCAAGUACCGGAUUUUAACAAGAUGUACGAGUUGUAUGAUAAUUGUUCUUUAAUGUUUUUCUAUCGAAAUAAACAUAUUAUGAUUGAUCUGGGUACAGGUGAUAACAACAAGAUCAAUUGGGCGAUAACGGAUAAACAAGAACUUAUCGAUAUUAUCGAGACUGUAUAUAGAGGAGCAUCCAAGGGACGAGGUUUGGUAGUAUCCCCUAGAGAUUACUCAACUCGACAGAAAGGUCGAUAA